AUGCUAAAAACACUGCAAUACGCUCGACUUCGGCGCUCUCGUCAUACUUUACUCUGUGUUGGCAUCCUUGGUCUCAUCACUUUUCUGUGGUCAUGCCGACUACUUCUUUAUACCACGUGGACACUUGUCUCUCUUCCAUUCACUUGGGGCCACGACGAAAGCAAAUUCUUAAUCUCCGACGAAAACGAUGGCUUCGAUGUUGUUUUUGCCAACUACAGCCGUGUGCAGCAGACUGCCGGCCCUUCUUAUGAAGACAAGAUCCCCCCCAUCCUCCAUCACAUAAUUUUAGGCAAUCCGAAGGCGGCAAGAACAUGGCAACACGCGCGGCAAAGCUGUCUGGACAUGCAUCCUGGUUGGGAAUCACACUUGUGGACCGAUGACAAGGCUGCCCAAUUCGUUGCCGAGAAGUUCCCUCAGCUUAAAGAGAUGUGGGAUGACUACCGGCAUCCUGUCCAAAGAGUUGAUGCACUUAGGUAUCUUUUACUCCAUGAAUAUGGAGGUGUUGUGCUAGACAUGGACUUGAGAUGCCGGCGGGCCUUGGGCCCAUUAAGACGAUUCGACUUCGUUGCUCCGGCUGCACAUCCAAUAGGGGUUUCAAACGGAUUCAUGAUGGCGAGCAAGAACAACGAGUUCCUCAAAGAUAUCAUACUGAGCCUUAAGACAUAUAACCGUUGGUGGUUUGGAUUAGCAUAUCCAACAGUCAUGUUUAGCACCGGCUGCCACUUUGCUUCUACUAUACACUCUUUGCAGCGUAACAGGACAGCCAUAAAGGUGCUGGCAGGUCCCAAAGGAAACCCAAACCUUCACCGUCUAAACGGUGCAGUUUCGACGCCUUUAUUCGACCACCUCGGAAGCUCAUCUUGGCACUCUUUUGACGCUGCUUUCAUCGUCUCACUGGGUCGUUUGACUAAGCACCAAAUUUUCUUCCUAUCGAUUGGUAACAUCGCUAUUGUAGUGUUACUGAGAAGGUUAUGUGUAUGCCGUAGACUUAGAUCUUGUGCUCACCAGAGUGAGAACGGCAUGAAAGCUGCUGAUGUAUAA